AUGUAUUCAAAAGACUUGUCGGCUGCCCUUCUCAGGGAUAUUGCAAAUAUUUACAAAGGUGCAGAUGACUACAAUCUGCAAAUAAUCGUAGGCGAAGAACCAAAUACUGAAGUUUUCAAGGCUCAUUCGGUGAUUUUACGGGCUAGGUCUUCUUAUUUUCAUGCCGCCCUAUCCAAUAAUUGGGUAAUUAGGGAUGGAGAUAUGAUGCGUUUCAAAAAGCCAAACAUUUCUCCGGAUGUAUUUCGGAUCAUUCUGAAAUAUAUUUAUACAGGAACGAUUAGCCUCGAUCCUAGUAAUGGUGAAAUAAACUACGUGGAACUGCUUACUGCCGCCGACGAACUAACUCUCACCGAUCUGGUCGACUACAUCCAGGACCACAUUAUCAACAUGGAUCGCAUCUGGUUCCAACGUAACAUCGUUCAAGUUUUUAACACCGUUUCCUGUCAUGAAGUGCUUUUCCGUAAACUCCUUGACCAUUGCACGAAAAUCAUUAUCAACGACCCCAAAAUCCUUUUCACCUCCGGAGAUUUUGGUCAACUAAACGAAGAUGCCUUGCUUUCCAUCAUCUCUCAGGACACCUUACGAAUGAAGGAAAUUCAAAUUUGGGAAUACCUUCUCAAAUGGGGACUGGCUCAAUCCAAUAUGUUCGAUUUGGAUCCCAAGAAUUGGAGUCCUGAGGAAUUUCAGGAAUUGGAAAAGGUGCUUCACAACAGUAUCUCUCAUAUCAGAUUCUUUCAGUUAUCCUGUAACGACUACUAUUACAAGAUUAGACCUUACAAAAAACUAUUACCCAAAGAACUUCGUGAGAAUCUAAAAUUAUUCUUUAUAAUUCCAAAUAGUAUUCCAAAAUCUUCUUUCUUACCACCAAGAAUUCCAAAGCUUGCUCUUGAUUCUACCAUUAUCGAUACUAAACGUGCAGCAUUACUUUGUAGUUGGGUAGAUCACAGGGAAGGCACUUCACUUUAUCUCCCUCACGAAAAUCCUUAUAACCUAAAACUCUUAUUAAGAGGAACUCGAGAUGGAUUUUCAGUUGAGGACUUUAAAAAGCGAUGUUUCAAUCAAGGUCCAACAUUGGUGGUCAUACAGUCUGGUUCGUCAAACUCUUCAACAGGAUUGACUAGAUCUGGACAAAUUAUAAUUGGUGGAUAUAACCCUUCGAGUUGGUCGGGAUCGAACAAGUUCACGCAUUCUACGGAGAGUUUCAUAUUUUCGUUAUGCAGCGACGCACAAUCUCAUAUCACCACAUUAAGCAGAGUCAUAGUGGAGAACGACGCAAUCUCGGAUGAUGACAGUCAAUUUAUCGGGUUUGGGCAUGGGGACUUGUACAUUUUUAAAGGAAGUUGCCAGAAGAGAGAUUAUAUGUACGGGAUUUUGGAUAAGACCAAGUUUACUAUGGAUGAAUUGGAAGUAUUUCAAGUGGUAAAGGGUCUGGAUUCUUGA